AGCAUAACCAUAUCGUUUAAUAUUCAAUUUAAAUAAUAUUUUAAAAAUAAUGUUGGUUUAUAGACAAAGCCAUAUUGCCUUACUUAGUCACAUUCCAUAUUAAAUAAUAUUUGAUUUCUGUUUUUCUCUUGUCCUGCCAUAUGUUUUGGUGCAAACAUUCAGUUCCCACAGACAUCGUUCCUAGAAAACAUGGGAAAUAAAAUCCUGAUUCUGUUUUGCUUUAUCUCUUCAGCUUGAGACCAUUCAGAAUUAAAGCCUUGUUGACAGAGAAAAUAGAAUAGGCUCUUUGUUAUGAUUCUGUUCCAAUAUUCUUCACAGGGAAUUCCACGUUGCUCCGUGUAUUGCCUUCUUUGUAUGAAAAGCAGCAAGAACCUUUAAGCAACCACCUGAGAGAAUUGGUAGGACUGAUGCCUCAUCUGGAACCAUCUGAACAGCAACAUCUUCUACAGCUUUUGCUAACUGUGGCAAAGAAAAAGCAGCCCAAGGUUCUCAAAGAAUGUAUUUCUUCUCUAAUUGAUCAUCUAAGAGAUCCUCUUUAUAACGACAUCGUCUUAGACAUAUUCAUAGAAAUAUCAGAUUAUGAACCAGAACUGUUGGCCAAUCUACUGCCUGUACUGAAAGAAACUGGGGAGACUUUUCCUAAUUUGAUAGGGCAAAUGGCAAAGAUUUUUGGAGCUGUUGGACAAGUUGAUGAGGAACAAGCUCGGAUCUGCCUGGUCUAUUUGCUUAAUCAGCUGGGAAACAUGGAACAUUCUUUCCACCAUAUCAUUUUGUUGGAGAUCAAAUACAUCACUGACCUCUUCUCCAACAUCUUGGGUAUCCAAAGCAGAGAUAUUUAUCGUAUGAGUAACAGUUUCACUGCUGUAGCUAAACAUCUCAGCCAACAGCUGAAAAACAACACGAGUUCCGAAUGCAG